AUUAACGUGCAGUGCGAUUGUUAUUGUGCUUAUUAUUUUGCAGAUAAUAGUUUUAUUAUUACGUACUCUACACUUUUCCUCCGUACAAGGUUAUUCUGUAAAUGCAUUGUAACGAUUUAUUGAUGGCCCUAAAGUGAAAUACGUAUUGUUCAUAUAGUUUUUAUUUUUAUUCGUAGACUUAAUACUCGUAUUAGUUCGUAAACUUUUUUAUUAUUUUUUUGCGUGCAUAUAUUUAAUGUUCUCAUGAUGUCAGGUCCAUAUGAGGAAGCUAACGAGAUGAAUACACUCAGUCAAAUUAUUGAUCAAGAGCAUAUGAUCAAAAUUACAUCGAAUUUCACAAGAUUGGGAGACAGAUGUUAUUUGGAAAAUGCGGGGGCCACAUUAUAUCCACAAUGUCUGCUGACAGCUGUACAUGAAGACCUUGUGAAUAAUGUCUAUAUGAACCCUCACUCAGACAAAUAUACCAAAGACUGUGUAGAACAAAUCCGAAGUAGCAUCCUUAAGCACUUCAACACAGAUCCGUGUACCUACACAGUUGUAUUUACAGCGGGGACAACAUCCGCACUGAAACUAGUAGUUGAAUCUUUCCAAUUUUCUGUAGACAAUAUAGACAAUGUUAAAAACAAUGGUUCAUUUGUAUAUUUGAGGGACAACCACACAUCAGUGCUUGGUUUGAGAGAAAUUGCUGCUGAUAAGAAUGCAGACAUCAUACACAUAUCACAUGAAGACUUCCUACUAGCUGUUAAGAAUAAUGAAAAGUCACAUUCAAUACAAAAGGAAAAAAAUCUAAACAAAGAUGAUACUAAUACAUUGCUGGUCUACCCUGCACAGAGCAAUUUUAAUGGAUUCAAAUACCCUAUAGAUUGCAUAGAGCUAAUAAGAAAUGGAUGUCUUAAUAGUCACUUAAAAAAACAAUUGUGUCAAAUCAAUGAUAACUGGUACAUUCUUCUUGAUGCAGCUUCAUUUGUGUCCACAAAUAAAUUAGAUCUGUCUGCAACACAACCAGAUUUCGUUUGCCUCUCAUUCUACAAGAUAUUUGGAUACCCCACUGGAUUGGGGGCAAUAUUAAUUAAGAAUAGCAGUAGUGAUGUUUUGUGCCAAAAACGAUAUUUUGGUGGUGGGACUGUUGAUUUUGUUUUAAGUACAGAAGAUAUGCAUGUUAAAAGGAAAAAUUUGUAUGAAAGGAUGGAGGAUGGAACAAUACCUUUUUUAUCAGUGCUUGCGUUAAAGCAUUGUUUCGACACUAUGCACAAGUUGAUACCUAAAUCAAUAAACGACGAUAUUAUGGAAACGAUAUCGUACCACACGUAUUUUUUAGCAAAAGACCUUUAUCUCCAACUGCACGACUUGAAACAUACAAAUGGUAAUAAGGCAGCUAUUACAUACAUGGAUUCCAACUUCAGUGAUAUAAGAAAACAAGGCGGAAUCGUUACAUUUAAUCUUUUAAGAGAAGAUGGCUCUUAUAUUGGUUUUGUUGAGUUCCAGCAUAUGGCUGACUUAUUCAACAUCAGUGUGCGAACGGGAUGUUUCUGCAAUUCUGGCUCCUGCCAACGGCAUCUAGCAGCUUCAAACAAGGAGUUGAAAGAAAUGUUCAAAUCUGGUCAUGUUUGUGGCGACGAAAUAGAUCUCAUUGAUGGAAGACCAACAGGGGCUAUCCGAGCCUCAUUUGGAUACUUUAACACAUUCAAAGAUGUAGACAAACUAAUACAUAUGAUAUGCCGAUGCUUUGUCAAGACGAAAAUGAAACAACCAAAACGUUGCUUAUCAAUGAGCCAUAGAACCAUAAUGGAUGCAUUAAAAAAUAAUAAAUUAUACAACGGCAUAGCACAAGCACAUAAAACUUGGAAUCAAAACGAGUUCCCCUUAAAGAAUGAAGUAGAAGAUAUUCCACAAAACAAUAAUAAUAGUGAUAGUAAAAUCUCAUUAAAAGAAUUAGUUAUAUUCCCAAUCAAGUCUUGCGGUGCUUUUAAAAUUAAGUCUGCAUGGAAAAUAGGACCCAAAGGAUUUGAAUUUGAUAGGGAUUGGAUGAUUAUAAAGGAUAACGGCGUAUGUUUAACACAGAAACACACGUCUAGAAUGUGUAUGAUAAAACCUAAAAUAGAUCUGCAAAGAAGAGUACUGGUAUUAUACUUUGAAGGCAAAACUCCAAUAUCGGUGCCUUUAGAUAAUCCGUCCGACAAGAAAAUGAAGAAUUCAUCGCUUUGUCGUAGCAAAGUGUGUACAGACAUUGUCCAAGGUUAUGAUUGUGGCGACGAAGUAGCCGACUGGAUAUCAGAGGCCUUAGAAAUAUCCUACUUGCGUCUUAUAAGACAAUCGAGUGACGACAACAGAAGUCAAAAGAAAAAACAAAACGGAGAGAAAAAAAUGCUUUCUUUAAGUAACCAAGCUCAAUUCCUCCUGAUAAACAAAGCCACAGUACGAUGGUUGAGGGAAAAGAUUCAGGAUCCUCUAUUUGUUGAUGACGUAGAUAGUUUAACCGACAGAUUUAGAGGAAACCUGGUCAUUGAUAUGGAAGAAGAACUUGCCGAACGAGAUUGGCAUAGAGUCAUCAUCGGGAAUCAAGAGUUCAAGGUCGAAGGCCUCUGUCCAAGAUGUCAAAUGGUGUGCAUCGACCAACAAACAGGUGAAAAGACAGUAGAACCUCUUAGGACAAUCUCCGAACAAUUUGCAGGAAAACUGCGAUUCGGUAUUUAUUUAAGUUACGUUGGUGCAGCGGACCAAUCGAAAGACCGUUACCUUAAAAUACACGCACCGGUACAACCUAUAAUAAACGACGACGACAUAAGUAGGUGAAAUUUUUAAAUAAGUGUGUGGUUACAAUAUUAUUUUAAUUUAAGAAAAUAUAUUUUCUUAUUUGGGGUUAAAGUAUGGUGGUUGGGUUAGCUAAUUGGGUUUUCUGAAUAUUUUUUUACUCGUAAAAUAUGGGAAGUCUUUCUGGGGCUAUGAUCCGUAUCUCAUCAAGCAGUCAUUAUUUUUAUAGAUACAAAUAACAAGUGUAUCUAUUAUAUUUGAAUCAUACAUUUGGUUAUGAUCACAUUUUAAUACAGGUUGUACACACAAAUAUUUAAACAGUGUGUUGGUUUAAAUUUACAAUUUUGAAAAGUCUUAUGUGCGUUAUGAAAACAGCCUGUAUACAAAUCAAAAUCAAGCCCCGAGUGCUUAAAAAUAACUGUUAUCAAAAAUAAUUAGUUUUCAAGGUAAACAAAAAGGUCUAAAUAGAAAAAAAUAUAAACUGGUUGAAUUUCUACCACUGAUUUAGUUUUUCUCCCACUACACUUCUUCCCUUAAAUAUUUUUAUAUAUCGUACAUAAAAUCAAUGCAAUAUUUGUCACGAAAAAUGGAUAGUAAUCUCUUUAUUAAUUUUAAUAAGACCUUCAUGAGAUAUGGACUUGUCCUUUUAUUAAUUUACUUAUUUACUAAAUUUCAAAAAAAAUAGUUUUAGUGCAGCUAUAUUGUGUGCAGAAUAUUACGGCUGUGAUAUGUAAGUUACACAAUAAUCUAGAGUGUGUCUAAAAAAUCAAAGUUAUUUUUUGUUGAAACAUUUUAAUAUAUUUUGUUUAGAAAAUCAUUUAUAAUGUGAUAUCAAGUUUCAAAAUAAUGAGCUAAAAUACUGCAUCUUUUCAUUGCCGCUGAAUUAGCUAAAAGUGAUCUUGUUUGAUAAAUAAUAAAUUCAUGUACCUACAAAACAUUAAGAAAUGUUUUGGCUUUUUAAUAAUAAAUAAACAGAGGCUGACUGUCGACUGAUUUUUAAAAUCAAUUGACAAUAAGAGACUGAAUGAUAUAAUAUAAAGGUUAAUAGAUAGCCAUUAUGCAGAUUUAAUCAAAUAAAUAUUAAUUGGCUUUAUACAUUUUAAAUUAAGCUGUAAAGUAGUUCAACAUUUGUAAGUAUUGUAAUUACCAAAUUGUAAAACAAAUAUAUUUUGUAAAUUUUUAAAAUGAAAUCGAUAACGAAAAUAAAUCAGAUUUUAUAUAUUUUAUGUAUUGUAGUGAAAUAGUGAAAAAUAUUUCUAUUAUAAAUAGAAAAGGAGUUGUUAUUUUCUCAUUUUAUAUUUUAAUUAUAUGUCUAAGACUAGUUUUAGAAUUACAGUUGUUUAAGAGUUUAAUAUAUUUUAUGAUAUUGCACAGUUUAUUGGUUGUUGUCCUUUUAUUAGCUGUGGCUCCUCCCCUAGCGAGACAUUGUUUACUACUUCAGCUACUUCAUUAAAGUCUGGCAAUGCCAUUGUCUGUAGCUUUGAAUAUAUUAAUUUAUCAUUUACUUCAACCUCAAAGGCACCUGAAAAAGAAUGGCCUAAUAUUCAAACAGUUUUAUACCUAAAGUUUACUUUUAAUUUUAUUUUAUCAAAAAAUCGAGUCUGU